GUGCGGAGUCGCCUUUGUAGAGGGAUAUUGAAAUAUGACCCAAUGCCUGUUUGUUUGCAAUAGCUGCAAGCCUCGCAGCAGAGAUUCAAGUGGGAAACGGAGGGGGAAUCCAGAGACAAAGCGGCGGGGGAAUUGGGAACUGUGACGACGUGUCCUCCCUCCCGUGCCGGAGCAAGCAAAGGAAGGAGAGGUAGAGGAAAAAAAGACUGAGCCUUGCAACCAGCCGUCACGCUGACGAUGUGUCAGUCAAACACCCUGCAGGGACCAGAUCUACACGCAGGGAAAUGGUUGCAAUUCCCCCAGCUGGCCCUGAGGCGAAGGUUGGGCCAGCUGAGCUGUAUGUCUAGGCCUGCUCUGAAACUCCGUUCUUGGCCUCUGACUAUUCUCUAUUACCUUCUGCCUUUCGGUGCUCUUAAACCCUUGACCAGAGUGGGAUGGAGGCCUAUGAGCAGGGUUGCCCUGUACAAAUCGGUCCCAACGCGGCUGCUCUCGCGAGCCUGGGGGCGCCUGAACCAGGUGGAGCUGCCCACGUGGCUCCGGAAGCCCGUUUACAGCCUCUACAUCUGGACAUUCGGAGUGAACAUGAAGGAGGCGGCUGUCGAAGACCUGCAUCACUAUAGGAACCUCAGCGAAUUCUUCCGCAGGAAGCUCAAGCCGCAAGCCCGGCCGGUUUGCUGUUUGCACAGCGUUAUCAGUCCCUCUGAUGGAAAGAUACUUAACUUUGGACAGGUAAAAAACUGUGAAGUGGAGCAGGUGAAAGGGGUUACUUACUCGCUGGAAUCUUUCUUAGGCCCCCGUGUUAGCACAGAGGAGCUGCAUUUUAGGCAAGCAUCACCUGGCAACUCAUUUCAGCAACAGCUUGUCACAAAGGAAGGGAAUGAGCUCUACCACUGUGUGAUCUACCUGGCGCCCGGGGAUUAUCACUGCUUCCAUUCGCCCACAGACUGGAGAGUGUCCCAUCGCCGUCACUUCCCAGGCUCCCUGAUGUCUGUGAAUCCCGGGGUUGCCCGCUGGAUCAAGGAACUGUUCUGCCACAACGAACGGGUUGUCCUCACAGGCGACUGGAAACACGGCUUCUUCUCCUUAACAGCAGUGGGAGCAACAAAUGUGGGCUCCAUCCGCAUCUAUUUUGACCAGGACUUGCACACCAACAGUCCAAGUUACUCGAAAGGUUCCUACAAUGACUUCAGCUUUAUCUCCAACAACAACAAGGAGGGAAUCCCCAUGAGGAAAGGAGAACAUUUAGGGGAAUUUAACUUAGGCUCCACCAUUGUACUCAUCUUUGAGGCACCCAAGGACUUCAACUUCCACCUCAAAGCGGGACAAAAAAUCCGCUUUGGAGAGGCACUGGGUUCUCUAUAGAAACUUGCAGCGAGAAGGUUUUAUAUACAGAGGAACUCGAACACACCACUGCGUGUUUCAUUUAACAAGUAUGUAUCACUCAGCAGGACCUGGGUGAACAAAACAGGUCUCCUUGCUGUGGCAGACUUGGGAGUAUUUGCCCUGUAUUUACACACCGCUGCUGAAGGCAGAGAGUCAGAUGAUCCAUAUAUGUAUCAGGUACAAUUGCCUUUAAAAACAUUGACCAGGGAGGUUUCAGUCCCACCCUGUGCCUGCAGUCUUUUCUGUUCUGCCCCUCUGUGUGCCACAAGAUAAUUAUGUUCUCAGAGCUUGUAAGUCCCUUUUAAGCCUUGCUAGGCUCUGCAGGUGCAAUGGGACAGGGUGGAGGUAGAGAUUAGCUAUAUUUAAAGGGACACUGACAGGUUGAUUCAGACCUUGUACCUCACAUUUGUAGUAUCUGGCUGACAGACCUUGAGUUGAGAAUGUAUUCUCAUUUUUGUUUUAAUACAGUCCUCAAAAGUUCUUAAAUAAAAGACAGCCUGUGAAUGCACAGGGAGCCAAGCAGUUAAAUGGACUAGUGUGGCUUUACAGUCCAAACUAAGCACUGUGCACAACAGGCAGCAUCAGUACAAAAGAUUAGACUCAUCAGGCUUGUUUUCUAAUAUUAAAAUAACUUGAGUUGUUUUACCUGACAUUGUCUCUUUAAAAAUGGACUUUGCACUGUAUUUUAAAUCUGAAAACACUGUGUCUACAUUCCACAGAAUGAAACUGGUCAUCUUGAGUUUUUUUUAGUAGUAGCAGAGAGAUCCAUGUGUCCUACCCCUAAUCCAUGGUUUUAUUUUGCCAUUCCAGGCCUUAAAGACUUUGUUUGUAUGAGCGAUAAAACAAGAUUGUGACAAAAUAACACAGGACUAAGGGUAGGAAGGUAGAGAAGAUGUUGAUCUUCUGUGAUGCAUCAAGAUGGCAGCCAACAUAGGUUUUUACUUUUUGGUGUAUAUAUAUACAUCUUAAUUGUUGUAUGGUCACUGAAUUCUUGAUAACUUAAUUCUUGUAUUUAAAGAAAGUUUCAGAGUCUUGAGGACCAAUUUUAAAUUUGCACGGAAUGAAAUGCCAUAGGCACUGACGGUGUAUUAAGCUAUUACAGACCUUUGAAGCAAUCUAAAAGUUGCCUCCCAGGGCCAUUAGUCUGACCCUUCUAUAAUGAGCUGACAACUCUUUAUCUUACUUGACACACAAAGUCCCACCUUUCCUGACGUCUGCCCUCGUGCUUCACCUCAGCAAUGUGCUGGGCUCUGGAAGCUCUCUGUGGAUCGGCAGCCAGAGCCUCUUUAUAACUUCACGUCAGGAAAAGUUGUAACCAAUACUAACACCUUGGAUCUCUUGAGCUGGCACUAAAUUGCAUUGACAGAAAUCAGUGUCCAAGCGAAGAGGAGGAUUUCACUUUUAAAACCAUCUAGCAGUUGUUCUUCUUAAAGAAUAAACUCUUUGAGUCCAGGCACUCCCCAUGCUUAGAAUUGACUUUUGCUGCCUCGAGCUUGUGGGAAUGGAUGUGCUUAUGAAACCUGCCUUUCUGAUACCUGAAAGAUUUUUCACACUAUUUCCUUGCUUGAGCCUUGGGUGUUUUUUCUCUGCUGCUUUGAGGAGAUGGUAUGAUGCUUUGACUAGCUCUGAUCUCCUAAAGAAAAAAUUCUCUUUUGUAUGCACUGCAAAAAAAUAGAAAUAGAAUAUAAUUUUGUUGUACAAAUGUCCAGUUUGCCAAGUCCUGUAUGCUUAGCUUGUCAUCAGGAAAGAAGGGGUGAGAAACUGCAUCUAGUGAUGUAGCUCGAGGGUGGCUUUAAGAUGAUGAGGGCUGUUUGGGUGGCAAGCAGGAGAAAAUUAUUCAUUUGGCUCCAAGAGUCAAUGUUUCCUCACAUUACAUGGGGAGGAGUUUGAAAAGCUUGAAGUGGCUCUCAGCCACCUAUCUAGUUAAACUUCUUGGUAUUAGCAAGUUAACUCCUGCAGUAGUAUAUAAGAAUAUACAGGUUCUAGAAAUGUACACUUUUUAAAAACAGUGGAGAGUGAGAAAUACAAAGGCAACCAUCAACCCCCAGGUUAAAGCUGUACCUAGUCUCUUGCCUCAACUUCCAAGACAUGUUAAUAGUGAAAAGCAAAUGUUCCAGUGGAUCAGCAAAAUGAAUGAAAACCUUCCACCUUCUCCACUGUGGCCUAUGGCACCUGACACAGCCAAAGCACCUUUA